CACAUAAUGAGGCACCUUCGAUCAACUUAGCUGUCUUGUAUUGUUUGUCGUUCUGGUCUUGGCAUUUCGCUACUUCUAUCCUAGAGUUCAUGAAGACAGAAGAUUGCGCGAACGGUAUUAACAGCGUCCACACAGCACGUUCAACGCAAGGAUCAAUUUCUUCCUAUCUCGAAUUUGCCGUAGAAUUUCGCACGUUGCAAAUCGUCAAUUUCAGAACCUGAUAUUGCUGGACCGAGCGUCUAUAUAGGCUGAAGUGUAUCUCCUUUUGAACCUCGGUCUCUCGUCAUUCACCUACGCUUUUCCACACGUCAUGUCUACAUUUCAGUACGAGAACAUCCUCCUGCCGGAUGAACCGGUUCUGCUCGUUAAUCGAGACUGGCAAGUUCCGGGGCGAAAACCUCGGAAGUCCAAGAAACUCCACGAAGGCCAGUUCAGUGGCAAAGUCCACAGUUUUAAGAACAGGAGCCAAACACAAGGCUCAAGGCCAAUUCAAUUCGAGCCCCUGCCUUUGAAGACCAAAAAUUCCUUGGUUUUGUGUAAUAUUUCGUCCGAGAAGACGUCAAUUAUUAACAAGCGAUGCGCGAGAAACGAUCAGGAGCGAGAAGAUCCGCAGCAUCAUAAGCUAAAAACAAGUCUUCCAUCGCACUCUUCAUCUCAUGUUGGUGGUUCUUCCCAUGCAAAGCUUCCUGGCAGCACUGCUCACGCUAUUUUGGCUGGUUCCCAGACUGGCACCUUUGGCAGGAGGCAAUGUCCAGGAGCAGACGCAUGUCUUCUCAGGCUUACGAACUACGACACUCCCAGCUUUAUCCCGAAAGCCAGGUACUUCGACUUUUAUAUUAACAACAUCGGUGAUCUCAUGUAUCCUCUUAAAGGAAAAUACCUUCUUAAUCCGCUACGAAGUGUUUGGCUCCCAAUUGUUCUGGUAGAUGAGUUAUGGUUCUACAGCAUACUCUAUACCGUAGCCAGGCAUCUUCACGCGAGCCCAGAUCAUGGAGAUCACGAGAGGCAAUGCUUGUAUCUUGCUGAUAUGCUUUUUCAAAGACUGAGACGACGGCUUGAGAUGAGCUCCGAUGGUGAUGGAUUGACAGACGUUGACUGCGCCGCUGUUUCCUGCUUACUUUCAAUCGAGCACAACUUCGGCACUAAAGAGGCUUUGGCUCACCAUGCGAAGGGACUGGCAACAUUCAUAUCUAAGAGAGGCGGUGUCAACCGAAUCAGUGGUGUUUUGAGAACAAAAAUUUGCAGAGCCGAUGUCGAGGCUGCUAUCGACUUUGAGACCGAGCCAGCAAUUAUAUAUCCCGACAAAACUGAAGUUACAUCACUUCAAAGAGAACUCCCAGGUCCCGCGGCACACUAUACGGAGCACCCUGCUUACUCCGCCGUGCUCAGAUAUCUCAGCGUUCCACUGGCUGGCAUUGCUAGCGACUUGAUGUCGCUAGUUUGGUAUCUGGAAAGCGAAACAGCCAGUUCCAAGCUUCUCAACCCUUUCACUAUCGAUGAAAAAGUACUCAAUCUUGAAUACCGUCUUGUCCGCUACAAAGGCGAUAAUUUGACCCUUCUUGAUAACGCUUUCCGCACGGCUUGCAUGAUAUUCAUCAAAUGUAUCAUCACUCCAAUUAGCAGAGUGAGGAGUACUUCGACCGCUCUAGUCAAUUCUCUCCUGAAAUACGUCUCAAGGACUUCAAGCUUACCUUACCCGUUGUCUCUAUGGAUACUUUAUAUGGGUCAAAUCGCAAUUUGUGAACUCGACUAUGAGAAGAUGGCGAUUUCGUCGAUGCUGACUAAUGAGCUGAGAUCCAAAGCUCAGGGUACGUCUCCAACUUGGAGUACGGUAAAAUCACAUCUUAAAAAAAUUGCCUGGGUAGACUCUAUUUUUGAUCAAGUAGGAGAGAAGAUAUGGACAGAGUUCAAUGGUGUGACAGCAAUAAAAACAGCAUCGUCGUAAUAACCGCCCCCACCACCAUCAUCAUCAUCAUCAACAACAAUAACAGCAACAACUUCAUCGUCAUCAUCAUCAUGAGCCUCUCAGGGAAUUGACAAAUUCUGGUUUGAUUUCGACACAAGCACAUGCUUUGGAUACUUUCAAGUCUGCGAAUGUCGAUUCACCUACUCAAACAACGUUAAAUUAGAAUGAAGAAGCUGAGGACUAUCACAGCAGCGAACUUGAAGGUUUGGCCUUUACUCUCGAAGUAUCGAAAGACAAAGCAUGCCCGCACAGGCCCCGUUGUUCCCUUGGAAUGGAUUUCCAAAUAUAGUUCGGACUUUGCAAAUUAGAGCUGCAAAUUUCGAGUGUCGAAUGUUGAGAAUUCAAAUCACGACAGAGUGCUUCCACGGUGUGCGUGAUUCAUAAAAUAUUGCAGUCACGUUAGCCUCAUAAGAGCAUUCGAAUCCAGCUUCACUCAGACAUACAUCAGGCAUUGGGAAUAGUUCGCCUGCAAUCUUAUCAGUCUCGAACAGGCUUUUCUCAGGCCAUGGGAACCAAUCGCUUUACAAGUAUUUGAGUCUGGCUUGUAGUUACAAGAGGCAUCAACUUUGUGUUUGAAUGUAGUACGCCAAGUGCGUCAAUAUAUUAGACGACCUAAUGAACGUACGUCGGAAUUGGCUUUUUCCAAAAUGUAAUAGAG